AUGGAUAAUCCCCAGACCUUACUUAUCGGAGAGUCUUCGAGUUUGGAGUACUUAACAUGGGCGUUUGCAGAAGCAAAAUGGCAGGUGACGGUAGUCCCAUUGAAAGAAAAAAGAUCAGCCAUGCCAGAUGAAUGGUGGCAUUUAGUUUUGGAGACGGAGACGUUUGCAUACUUGCCGCACUUAAUUGUUGGUGACAUGCAGCAGCUUUCGACGUUCGUGGAAGAUAAAAUAGCCACCAUUAAGUUUGAUAUAGUUGCUAUAACAUACAAGUGCUAUGAAGAGUUGCAGAACAAUCGAAUGUUGUUGGAGGGGAUGAUAGAUAAGAAAACGGUGUUUCUAGUUGACUCGAACGAGGAUAUUUGGAUUGCCGCAAAAUUUAGAGACCUAUUUCCAGACAAUGCCGUGUUGUCGAUCUACUCAGAUGUCGAUUGUAGGAGUGUUAGUCACAACUCGAACUGUUUCAGGCUAAUGAACGAUCUUACGACCAUUAUGGUUGGAUACACGUCAGAGAUAUCAGAAGGGAUUUCGACGGCGGCGGUAGACGGAAAAGGUCCAGCAGGAGGUACAUUGAUCAGGCUUAGAAACGUGUUCAAUGACCAAAAAUUGAAGGGAAAGUUAGUGGUAUUACCAGCAGAUUAUCACAGACGCCUCUCAAAAAUAAUUUGGAAGAAUAUCAUUAGGGUUAUCUGUUUCGAAAGCUUAUCAAUAAUAUUUGAAGAGCCGGAUAUUUUGUCAUUAGCCAAGCAGAUCAAUGUUGCACCGUUGAUGAAAGGUAUCUUCCAAGAAAUAUUGACAAUAUGCAAAUACUUGAAGAUUAAAGGGUUACCAUUACCAUAUACUGAGAGUUCUAAAAAAUUAUUACAAUCAUCGAUAUUAUUGGAAAGCAAUCAACGAAUGAAAAGAACAAUCACCUGCUCAAAUAACCGACAGAUUUAUCCUAAGUAUCUUGAUGCCACCAAAUUGUUUUAUGACUUUAGCCGGGGAAUAGAAAUCAAUAUCACAAGCCUUUUAUUAAAAUUAUUAAAAAUUUCUGAUGAAUUUUCUAUUGAGACACCAUUCCUCGAAUCAACAUACAGCUUUAUGAAUAGGUUAAUAACAAUAAGAGACGGGAUUGAUAAUAACGGUAAUUUAUGUCCAUCGAAAUUGUUUCAAGCCAAAAGGAUUUUGAAUGAUUCUACGACUCUGGAAGAAAUUAAUGGCAUUCCUCCAAACAAAAAUAUGAUGAAUUUUCCGCCCUUCAACCCACCACCAUUGCCACAACCCCCAACCCAGAGCUUUUUCAAUUCAAGUCCGCUUGUAUUCAUGAGCGAAAUACACUCGCAUAAUAAUAUCGGCAACAAUAAAAACAAUAGCAAUAACAACAGCAAUACACUUGAGUUGAAAAAGACUGGUAUUCAAGAUACUUUAGGUUCUGGUUUAAAUGACGCCCCAAUCGUCAAUACAAAAUUGCCUUGUGAUAAGUUUUACGAUGCAGAAACCCGAUUAAACCACCUUCAACAAACAGGGACUACUAUUUCUAAUACACCAUACACUAAUUACCCGUAUCCAAGGAAUAAUACGUUUUCUCAAUCUCAGCAGGAUUUACCUAUACACGGAAUGCACAACUUACCACCCAAGAACCAAGCUGGAAUAAAUACUAAUGCGUAUUAUAUGCAACAAAACGGUCAGUACUAUUCAAGCGCCAACCCAAACUGUUAUUCGCAUCAGCAAUAUCAGAAGCCUAUGUAUCAACCAUACAAUUCCUCGUUAUCAAGUUUUGCAACACUCUCUAACACUUCACAAGGAGCAAAUUACUCCAACGGCAAUAUAAGCAACGAGUUUGUUAAUAGACAUGGCAGUUUUAACAUUCCCAAGAAGAAACAAACGUUUUUUCAUGCAUCGAUCCCAAUAACCCGGAAGACUAGUUCUCAUAAAUUACGUCAAUCGCACGCGAGUCUUUUGGAUAUGGUCCAAUUCAAUGAUUUAAUGGACAAAACUACAUCAAGUAGAUAUGGGGUAGAAUUAGAUACCUCAUCAACUGUUUUAAGUAGUGCUAAUAAUAGCAGGGGAAGUAAAGCUAGUUCAUCAAGAACAAGUUCCAAAUUGCAAUCACCUCAAAUACAUCCAGCAGCAAACAGCCAAUCCAAUGUCAAUAGCAACCCAGAAGAAAGCCACAUCAGGAAUAAGAUUAGGAAGUGA